AUAAAUACUCCAUCAAGCUCUUCUAUUUUCAUUGUAGAAAUGUAACAAAGUGGUCCACACCCAGCUCCACCCCCUAAUAACGCGCCACCAACCUCAUUACCAAUUGGAGGGAAAACUUCAAAAACCAGAGGGAAACAUAUCCUAAUUACAAAUUUCAAACCCUUUCGCUCUGUCCCUCUAUGCUUCUAUAUAACCUCUUAUCUUCGCACUACGUUUUGUGCCUCAAACCUGUUUGAUAGAAGUCCUCUGUGAAAAAUCACUCAAAUUCUCGUCUCAUCCUACUUGAAGAUGUACGUGGUGAAGAGAGAUGGGCGUCAAGAAGCAGUCCACUUUGACAAGAUCACGGCGAGACUGAAGAAGCUGAGUUAUGGGCUCAGCAUCGAGCAUUGUGAUCCAGUGCUUGUGUCCCAGAAGGUUUGUGCUGGUGUCUACAAGGGCGUCACCACUAGCCAGCUGGAUGAAUUGGCCGCUGAGACCGCCGCUGCGAUGACCGCUAAUCAUCCUGACUAUGCUUGUUUGGCUGCAAGGAUUGUGGUUUCAAAUCUGCACAAGAACACUAAAAAAUCAUUUUCUGAGACGAUCAAAGACAUGUACUACCAUAUCAGUGAGAGAUCUGGGCAGAAGGCACCUCUGAUUGCUGAUGACGUUUAUGAAAUUAUUAUGAAGAAUGCGGCUUGUUUGGACAGUGAGAUAAUUUAUGAUCGGGACUUUGACUAUGAUUACUUCGGUUUCAAAACCCUUGAGAGAUCGUACCUUUUGAAGGUCCAGGGAAAGGUAGUGGAAAGGCCACAACACAUGUUGAUGAGAGUUGCAGUUGGGAUCCACAAAGAGGACAUUGAGUCAGUUAUUAGGACAUAUCAUUUGUUGUCUCAACGAUGGUUCACUCAUGCAUCUCCUACACUUUUCAAUGCAGGAACGCCAAGGCCCCAAUUAAGCAGCUGCUUCCUAGUGUGCAUGAAAGAAGAUAGCAUCGAAGGAAUAUAUGAUACUUUGAAGGAGUGUGCUGUUAUCAGCAAAUCAGCUGGAGGAAUUGGUGUCUCUGUUCAUAACAUCCGUGCUACUAGUAGCUAUAUCCGUGGAACAAAUGGGGCAUCCAAUGGCAUUGUUCCAAUGCUGCGAGUGUUCAAUGACACUGCACGUUAUGUUGAUCAAGGGGGUGGCAAGAGGAAAGGUGCUUUUGCUGUAUAUCUAGAGCCAUGGCAUGCUGAUAUUUUUGAAUUUCUGGAUUUAAGGAAAAACCAUGGGAAGGAGGAGCACCGUGCCCGGGAUCUAUUUUAUGCUCUUUGGGUACCUGAUCUCUUUAUGGAAAGAGUCCAAAGCAAUGGGCACUGGUCGUUGUUUUGUCCAAAUGAGGCUCCAGGUUUGGCUGAUUGUUGGGGUGAGGAAUUUGAGAAACUAUACACCAAAUAUGAAAGAGAGGGUAAGGCAAAGAAAGUUGUUCAGGCACAGAACAUCUGGUUUGAGAUUUUGAAGGCUCAAAUAGAGACCGGGACCCCUUAUAUGCUAUUUAAGGACACUUGCAAUAGAAAGAGCAACCAGCAGAACCUGGGAACCAUCAAGUCUUCAAAUUUGUGUACUGAGAUCAUUGAGUACUCGAGUCCAACGGAAACUGCUGUAUGUAAUCUGGCAUCAAUUGCUCUACCACGAUAUGUUAGAGAGAAGGGUGUUCCCAUGGAAUCACAACCAUCUAAGCUUGUUGGUAGCAGAGGUUCUAAGAAUCGAUAUUUUGAUUUUGACAAACUAGCAGAGGUUACUGCAAUAGUUACUACAAAUCUAAACAAAAUAAUUGAUGUUAAUUACUACCCAGUUGAAACUGCAAAACGUUCAAAUAUGAGACACAGGCCUAUUGGUAUUGGGGUUCAGGGUCUUGCUGACACUUUUAUAUUGCUUGGCAUGCCAUUUGAUUCAGAAGAGGCUCAACAGCUGAACAAAGACAUAUUUGAGACCAUAUACUACCAGGCUCUAAAGGCUUCAUCUGAAUUAGCUGCCAAAGAAGGGCCCUAUGAGACUUAUGUUGGAAGCCCUAUGAGCAAGGGGAUCACUCAACCAGACAUGUGGGGAGUAACACCUUCAAAUCGGUGGGACUGGGAUGCUCUUCGGGGAAUGAUAGCUACGAAUGGAGUAAGAAACUCACUUCUUGUAGCACCCAUGCCCACUGCUUCGACUAGCCAAAUUCUUGGAAAUAAUGAGUGCUUUGAGCCAUAUACUUCAAAUAUCUACAGUCGCAGAGUCCUAAGUGGUGAAUUUGUUGUCGUGAACAAGCAUCUUCUUCACGACUUAACUGAGAUGGGCCUUUGGUCCCCUGCUCUUAAGAACAGGAUAAUAUAUGAGGAUGGUUCUGUUCAGAAAAUCCCAGAAAUUCCUGAUGAACUAAAAGAAAUUUACAAGACUGUUUGGGAGAUCAAGCAAAGGAUGCUGGUUGAUAUGGCUGCUGAUCGCGGAUGCUACAUAGACCAGAGCCAAAGCCUGAAUAUCCAUAUGGACCAACCCAAUUUUGGAAAACUUACUUCCCUGCACUUCCAUGCAUGGUCUAAGGGUCUGAAAACAGGUAUGUACUAUCUAAGAUCACGUGCUGCAGCCGAUGCCAUCAAGUUCACUGUUGACACAACCAUGCUCAAGGAAAAGACCAAGAUGGUGGAUGAUGAUGAUAAUACUAAAAUGGCACAGGUGGUAUGUUCUUUAACAAAUCGUGAAGAGUGCAUGGCUUGUGGAAGUUAGAGUUCCUUACAGAUAACUGAGAGAUGUAUUGCUUGGGCUAAGGUAAUUACUUUGCAUGCUGGGGAGGAGCAUGAUUUGGUACGUCAGUGAAGCCUUUUUUAAUGAUGGGAUUGUUAGCUAGGGCAUUUCCAUUGUUCAUAGGGCCAUGGGUUCAGAAAGUGUGAUGAUCACACGAUCAAUGGUGAAUCUUAAGCUUCCAAGUUCUAACUCAUUGUAUAGGUGUAAGUUAUAAAUCCUGAGUAAUGUGUCUUUGUUUUUGUAUUUAGUUCAUGUUCAUGGAUUCUGUUGUAACUUGUUUUUCAAAAUGAACGAACUGGAAUUGACUUGAUUCCUGUUAAUCUUCAGUGUGAAUGAUAAUUUCCACAGAUGGUUUUAGUGAAUAGUAGAUGUGAG